UAUUACUUAACCUGCACAUAUAACCCGUGAUCGCUAACCUCGCCGAGGGGAUCCGGCCGUGGUCUGCGAGGGAGACGUCCACGCAACUCACCCGGAGGUCCCGCGUCUGGAAACAUGCCGACUCGAGCAGCAUUCGCGCUCAUUGCUGUCUGUGUGCUGCGCUCCCACACUUUCGGGACAGCGGCCAGACGACCCCUCGUGUCGGCGGAAUGCACGUCCGAGACCUGCUACAGCGCGGCCAGCCGGAUCCAGGACUUCGUGGACGAGAGCGCGAGUCCUUGCGACGACUUCUACAAGUUCGCGUGCGGCGGCUGGAUCAACAGGACCUCGGUCCCGGGCUCGCAGUCCGCCUGGGACCAGUUCCUCGUCCUGCGGGAGCAGCUCCUGCUGAACGUCAGAGACUUGCUGUGCAAAGGGGACGAAGGAGAUGACGUUAAGCCGCUCAGACAAGCGAGAGCCCUCUACAACAUGUGCUUGGAUACAGACGCGCUGGAGAGGCGGGGGGUGGAGCCCCUGCUCGGGCUGAUGGCGCAGCUGGGCCUGCGCCCCUGGCCGGCCGCGCGCCGGCAGCUCGGCGGCACGAGGUUCGACUGGGUGCGGGUGGUGGCCCGCGCCCAGAGGCUGCUGGGCCUCAACCUGCUCUUCAAGUUCUGGGUCGGCCAGGACGUGCGCAACUCCUCGCGGAACGUCAUGAUGAUCGACCAAGGAUCGUACAGCAUCAGCCUGGAGUACCUGAUGGACAGGACGCGCUUCCACAAGGAGGUGGAGGCGUACAGGAGGUACAUCAGGGACAUGGUGAACGCGUUCGAGGAGGCGAGCGCGUGUGCCGGCGGCGACCAAGCCGAUGGUCGCGGACCUCGUCCCAAGGUCUCCCUCGGGAAGAGCUUCGCCCAGGACAUCCUCCGCUUCGGCGUGCAGCUCUCCAGGAUAGUGAGAUCGAGAGAAGCUCGUCGCGAUUCAGGCCCUGUGUUCCACGAGAAGAAGAUCUCGGAAGUGGAAAAACUCAUGGAAGUGAAGAGCCAGAGUGAGAACGUGCAGAUGGACUGGGCGCGCUACCUGAGGGGCGUGUUCGCGGGCACCGACGUGGUGCUGGACGCCGGCUCCGACGUCAUCCUGGCCAUGGAGCCCGAGUACCUGCAGCGGCUGUCGGCGCUCGUGGCCCGCACGCCCGCGUCCACGCUGGAGCGGUUCCUGUGGUGGAACGUGUUCGUGCCGCUGGCCCCUCUGACGCUGAGCAGGUUCCGACAGCUGGCCUUCCAACUCGGCGCCGAGCUGUACGGCGUGACCGAGGACACCCCCAGGUGGAAGACGUGCUCCCAAACCGUCAACUCGCACUUCGGGAUGGCCGUCAGCCAGCUGUACGUGCGCAAACACUUCGACGACAAGUGCAAGACGAAGGCGCUGGAGAUGGUGGAGCACAUCCGCAACGCCUUCACCGACCACGUGUGGGAACUGCCCUGGAUGGACGACCAGACGAAGAGGACGGCCGUCGAGAAGGCGCACGCCAUGAGGACCUUCAUCGGCUACCCUGACUGGCUGGCGAGCGCCGCCGAGCUCCAGCGCUACUACAGACGGGCAGAAAUUGUGGAUGGAGAGUUCUUCGAAUCGAUUUUAAAACUUGCUGAGAUUUCUGUGGAAACCUCACUGCAAGAAAUCAGAACGACUCCGAACCCUGACAGGUGGAUAAUGCCUGCCACAACAGUCAAUGCCUUCUACUCCCCAGUGAUGAAUUCUAUGACAUUCCCAGCCGGCAUCUUGCAGCAGCCUUUCUACAACCUAGGACUGUUAUCACUCAACUACGGUGCCAUCGGAUCAAUAAUGGGACAUGAACUCACCCAUGGGUUCGACGAUCAAGGGCGGAGGUUCGACAAGCUCGGCAACAUGAGGCAGUGGUGGACGGAGACCACCCUGCGCGAGUACCAGGCGCGCGUGCGCUGCUUCGUGAAGCAGUACAGCGGCUACGGCCUGCCGGAGCUCAAGGACAACUUCUUCGUGAACGGCAUCACGACCCAGGGGGAGAACAUAGCGGACAACGGCGGCAUGCGCCAGGCGCUGUGGGCCUACCGCACCCUGCAGGCCCACCGCAGCCGGGGCGCGCGCAGCUCCCUGCCCGGCUUCGCGGCGCGCUACUCCCCCGACCAGCUCUUCUUCCUGGGAUUCGCGCACAUGUGGUGCGGCAAGUACACUCUAGGAGCCCUGCGGUCCAGACUCGUUGAAGGAGUGCACAGCCCCAACAGGUAUAGGGUCAUUGGGACUCUGUCAAACUCUGUGGAGUUCGCAGAGGCCUGGGGCUGCCCGCCAGGCAGCCCGAUGAACCCGGAAAACAAGUGUGUCCUGUGGUGAAGUCGCUGCCCACCGUUGCUUUUUGGACAUCUUACGUAUAACAUUUAUACAUUCUACAGCUGCCACUGGCACAAAAGGACCUCAAAUUUUUUUUUACUAAUAAUUUAAUUUUACAUUAAAAGUAUAAUAUAUUACUACAGCAACUUGUUUAAAAUUUUUAUCUCUUUUUUUAUUUUUAUAAACGUAGAUAAAAUACUAUUCUAGUUUACACAGUUGUAUUUAUAAAGAAGGGAAUAUAGGUUAGUGGAUGAUUUUGUGUGUAUGGACUACAUAAGAAACAAUUUUAGCAUUCAUUACUGUACAUGUGUUUAAAAAAUAAUGGACUGUUUCUGACUUUCCAAGUUUUAAUAAACAUUUCACAUUAAUCCGGUGCUCUUUCAAAACGCUAAGUGACAAUACAUGGUCUGACACUAGCGAAGGCCAUGACCCAAAUGAGGGGUCGACAGGUGGCCAGGGGACGGGAAUGGAAAGAGGGGAUAUCACUUGAAUCAGCAGUGUAGUGCUGACCUUGAGGCCUGUGCCAUUUGUCUGUUAAAAAAUCAGUCUGGUUUUUUUUUUUUUGCCAAACGUUGUAUAUUAUUAAUAACAUAUGGUUCCCUUGAAAAAUAUAUAAAUAAAUAUCAUAGCAAAAAAAAA